UUCUUGCUGACAAUCGCUCCACGGUCCAGCGAGCUCUCCCUUCUCGUUCCAGCACGUCAAAUUACGGCCACGGUGUGGACAGUCUGGGGCCGCCAUUGCUCUGUCAGCGUAAGAUAUCAUGUCGCAUGAGGUGCAGACCGCAUCGCUAUCGCCAGUGCGCGAUGCCAUCACCAUGGGAGCGUCGCGGCGGGUGCACUCUGCGGCAGCAGCCGGCCGUGCGCUACGGCAAGGCGUCGCAGCUCGCCGACCUCAGUCCGCCAUUGCUAGUCUCCGCUUGCAGAUUCCUGCCAAGCUAUCUCUGGUUCCCCGUCAUAACGACUGCGGAAAGGUGGCGCCACUAACCGCCUCGCUCCACGAUUCUCCAUCGCCUGUUUCCGUGCAUCGCGGGUUAUCCGUUCACGACGAGAACUGUUCAGAGUCGCUCCCAGAUUCCCCGUGGCGGCCAAUCAUGCCUGUUGUCGUCCGCAGCCCACACGCCGAUGUUGUGCGACGCAUGGCGACGCCGUCGCCUGAGAUGGACAGCCAAUGGGAAGUCAUCGAUUCUAUGGCGCAGCCCACAGACCACCAAAACAAGGCGGCGAAACGGCCGUCGACGGCUAACGGCAGCAGGAGCUUAGAAUUGACGGUUCCGCGCUCUCGCCUGCAUCGCCGAAGCGAGUCGUUCUCUUACUUCCGCCUCACGGCGCUCAGCGGCCGCGCUCAGCAGAGGGACAAGCGGGGGUUAUCGAAGACUGGCGCAAGCACGCCUUCCCCUCGGGACGGAGAGAGCAAAUUCGUCGUCGAAGAUGCCAGCAUUGGUGGUGGUGUUGACGGACGAGGGGUUCACAGCAGCACCAUCGUUAGCCCCGUUGGCUGCCAUGGAAACGCUGCCACCCCAGCGAGCGCGAGCGGCCGAUUUCACGGACGGGGAUUUAGCCUAGUCCUGUCGUCAUGCUCGCUGCUCUCACCACUCGCCAUGUCUAACAGCAACGCAGUUGUCGGCUCGCAGCAGCUCUCGCCAUCAUCGCUAUCAAGGGAACCCUCAAUGGGGCUGGAAGACAGCGGAGAAUCGUCGCCUCAACUCUACCGCUCCUCGUCGCUGGACCUCGCGUCCAUGUGGAGGAGCCUGCGCAAUGCGGAGGGCAAGAAGCCCACUGCAGGCGUGCAGGCUGGCACACGGCCACGCAGCAUGGCUGGGUGUGGGUUGAAGGUAUUCAGUGGAGAGAUUGAGGCUAAGGUUGUGAGAGAAACGGUGGAAGUAUGGCGGGAGGAGGAGGAUGCAAGCUUGCCUAUGCGGUGGCUGCAGCGCACGGGAUCUCAAAGCCAGUUACAACUAAUGCAGGGAAUAGAUGAGGGUGAGGAAGAGCAGGCGCAAGCCCUGCCAAAACCCGCAAUGCUCAACGGAUCCGACCUGAUCCACACACCUGACUGCAGCGGUUGGUUUCGUGCCAGUUGCCAACCAAUAGACUGUGACCGGUUUGAGGGACAAGGGAGGAGCCUCAGACGGACUGUCAGUGAAGUUGUGAAGGUGGAGAGGGAGCAGGCACAUGGACCGGUCAGAGUUCAUGCACAGAAGGAGAGAUUCCAGGAACCAGCAAGGCAGAGUCAAAAGGAGGAAUGGCAAGACCAUGGCAGGAAGAGCCAGGAGCAGAAGCAAGAGCUGUUGGGCACGUUAUGCAGCAGUAAAUCAUCAGGCUAUCCGAAACAUUGAACGUUGCUGGCUUUGCUGGGACUGGAAAAUUUACAGCUGCAAAACCAGUAAACAGUAGGUGCUGUGACAGUUUCUUCACCAGCAUGCUGUCGAGAAGAAAAACUGAACAAGUGU